AUGGCAUCCGCAUCGUCGUCGUCGUCUGUGUCCAAGAAUGCCCCAAAGGAAGACCAGCUGUGGUUCUUCCUCCUGGAAGACAUGCCGGUGCCCUCGUUCGCGCAGCACUCGCGUACCCUCUCCGAGGUCAGAAACAUGGACAUCACUCUUCGGAGGUGUCUGAAGAUCACCAACGCCAAGGGCGAUGUCAACGAUUACGCAUUUUACAUUCAUUCGCAGGGCAUGUCGGCCGCCGUCCAACUGCUGACUGACGAGAGCAUCAUCGCGACGUACAACCUCUACUGCCGGGCCGACGGGCUCGUUCUGAUCAUCAUCCGUGGCAAGGAUGACCCCUCCCCAAACAUCUCUCGAUCCUCUAGUUACGCGCAGUCGCUUGCCGACCGCCGCAAGCAGUCGGCCGCUCGCGGCAUCGCCGUCCCAGAGCUUCCCAUCCAGCCCAAGGUCCGUCACAAGACCGGCAGCGCGGACAUCACUACGAUGGAGCCUAUCACCGAGCAGGACGACGUUGUCUCUAUCAGAGUCGGCGACGACGACUUUGUCACCUUCACGAAGGACUAUCUCCUCGGAUGGCUCGACGCCGAGCUCUCCCGCCUCAAGAACCCCACCAAGAUCGUCGUACAGACCAUCGGGCCUGACGGCCAGCCCAGGGACGUGCCCCUGACCGCCGAGGUAUGGCAGCACUCCCUUCUCCGUGGACCAUGGCGCGACGCCUUCGCCGGAAUCUGGGACCGGCACAUCCGCGCGCAGUGUCUCCGCGAGGAGGCCCUGGCCGACCUCUCGACCUCCCAGCCUGGCUUCCGCCAGUCCUGCCGCGACUUUGUCCGCGACCUGCGGGCCUUCGGCGACGACACGCGCGACAGGCUCCUCGCCGUGCCCACCGCCAGCCACGGUGGCACCUUGGAGAGUGCGCUGCGGGCCCUCGCCGAGAAGCGCCGGGACGGGACCAUCUGCGCGUCCCAUGACCUCUCGCCCAUCUUUCGAGGCUGCGCUGGGGAUUGUCUGGGACAAGGACAGUAAGAAGGCUGCUGUCGAGCAGCUGCAGUCGGCUGGCGGCUUGUCGAUGAGGGCAAGGAUGGUCGUCCAGAGAGGGGGCCGGCUGCUCAAGGGGGCGUUGUCGUUGGGCCGAGGCCGGAAGGGAGG